UUUCUUCCACGUAAUCCAACCUCUCUUUCUCUUCUCUCUUGCUUUUUUUUUUUUUCGUCGACUCUGGUAUAUAUCAAGCUUCGACCCUCUUUGUUCUCUCUCAUCUUCGAAUUCUGUCUGAUCUUGUGCGCUUCUUUGCCCACAAUCAUCUACUUGGUUUCUCCAAACCCUCCAAUUUCAACUCUCUCCGCCUUCCCUCGCUCAAUCGACCGUCGCUUUUGAGGGUCUGGGUGCAUUGGAGGUUUUGUGCAACAAAGCUGUAAUAUCUGAAUCUGAACUGUCAGCACAUUAUUUGGUUCAACUGGUUGCACUGUGUUUUAACCAUUCAUGCACGUUGGUUAAUGGACUGGCUGUAUUUCUCCUGCUGUCAGUUUCUGUAAAUAAUGUUCAGUGGGGCAAAGGGUGCUAAAGCGUUUAACAUAUUUAAAUGGAAAAGGCGUGGUGAAUCAUCCUUAACAACUGGAUUUCUUGAUGAUGUGCAUCAUGAAAUUGAAUUAUCUGAUUACCAAAGAGCACCCAGUCCUGGUAGUGAAAGUCCUUCUGGGCUUCUUAAUGGCGAGGGCUUGAAUGCAGAGCCAAUUGCUGAUUUGGACCUGUUUUUUGAGAGGCUUUACAGCUACUAUUGCGAGAAAGGGCUUUGGUGCAUUAUUAUAAAGUGGAUAGUUGAGCUCUUAAGCCUAGUUUUCACCAUAUGUUUCUCAGGAUUUUUCUUAUUAUAUGUUGAUUGGAAUGGCCUUCGCAAUGCAAAAUGUGGGAUGGAUGCAGUUGAAUCUGGAAUUAAGCCGUGUGAUCUGGCUAAGGAAGCUCUUCAUCCGCAUCCAUUAAUCCCUUUUACACUUUCGAAAGCUAUUAUUGUUGGGUAUUUGGGAAUAUUUUCUGUCUAUUGGGCAUUCUGUUUUUUAAGGUUCUUUGCACAGCUGAAGGACACUUUAAAAAUCCGUCAAUUUUACUACAACAGUCUAUGCGUAACGGAUAAUGAAAUACAGACCAUGCCAUGGGCGUCCAUUCUUGAAAAGGUUGUUCGGUUACAAAGUACCCAGCAACUAUGUGUAGUCAAGGAUCUUUCUGCUCACGAUGUGGUGAUGCGAUUAAUGCGAAAGGAGAAUUACUUGAUUGGAAUGCUGAACAAAGGGGUGCUUGCUUUUCCAAUCUCUCAAUGGGUUCCAGGUUCUAGCCCAUCAGUCAAAUUUGGCCCAAAUGGUACGCGAUAUCGCUUAAUACUAACAAAGACCCUCGAAUGGACCUUAAAUUGGUGCAUACUGCAAAGUAUGUUUGACAGAAACUUUUGUGUUCGGAGGGACUUUGUUUCCGAUCCUAAAACAUUAAAGAAGAGGCUUAUGAUAGUUGGGCUUGCAAUGCUUCUUCUUUCCCCCUUUCUUGUCAUAUUCAUGCUGGUAUAUCUCUUUCUGAGGCAUGCUGAACAGUUCUAUAAUCAGCCGAGCACAGCAUCAUCUCGAAGAUGGUCAAAUCUCUCUAAGUGGAUGUUUAGAGAAUUUAAUGAGGUUGACCAUUUUUUCAAGCACCGGAUCAAUGGCAGUGUACUACAUGCUUCUGAUUAUCUAAAGCAAUUCCCCUCUCCUAUUAUAACAAUCAUUGCAAAGUUCAUCUCUUUUGUUUCUGGAGGCUUUGCUGCUAUUCUGAUCAUCAUUGCAUUCCUGGAAGAAUCUCUACUGGAAGGCCAUAUCUUUGGUCGCAACUUGUUCUGGUACGCUGCUGUUUUUGGAGCUAUAACAGCUAUUAGCCGGGCUGCAGUGACAGAUGAGCUUCUGGUCCUUGACCCACAAGGUGCGAUGUCUCUGGUAGUCCAGCAUACACACUAUAUGCCAAAGAGAUGGCGUGGGAAAGAAAAUACGGAGAUUGUCUGCAUGGAGUUUGCAACUCUAUUCCAGUACACUGGAAUGAUGCUACUAGAGGAGAUGGCGUCAAUCUUUCUCACUCCCUACUUGCUCUUAUUCGUUGUCCCAGAGCGAGUGGAUGACAUUCUACAGUUCAUUGCAGAUUUCACAGUAAAUGUUGAAGGUGUUGGUCACGUAUGCAGCUUUAGUGUCUUUGACUUCCAAAAUCAUGGAAAUACCAACUAUGGUUCACCAUACAAUUCGCCACGCAUUCAGAGGAGUUCCCAGGGGAAAAUGGAGAAAUCAUUCUUGAGCUUUCAAAGUAGCUAUCCUACAUGGGAACCGAACGCUGAGGGAAAGCAAUUCCUUUCGACUCUUAAAAAAUUCAGGGACCAAAUGUUACAUGGUCAGGGAACAAGACCGGCGUAUGCACCUCCUAGAAUGCAGCAGCAAUGGACCACAAGUUGGAGAGGCCUAGGGGACAGAAACAGUUUCCUGUCGAGAGAAAUGCCCCAGAACAUUCCAGGAACUGGCUACCAAUUAGUUUCUCCAUGGAUGAUCGAUGCUGAUCAAAAGAACUACCCAUAUAUUCUUGAUUGGUAUUACACCUCUCGACCUCAUCAUGCAACUGAUAAUUCAAGAGAUGUGGACCGAGGACCUUUUGAAGUUGCCGAGGAGGGCUCAAAAGAUUUUUGGACACCACCACACUUGCCACGAAAUGAAGCGACGCAUGAAGAAAACUGCAGCAACCUUUUCGAGGAUCGAUCACAGAGUCAUCUAGAAGCUUCUACAUCGGCUUCACUCUUUCGUGAAAGCGUACUACAUCAUCAUGACCAUGACUCAAGUACCACAGCACACCCUACUAAGAGCCAUUGGUGGGCUAGGAGUCGCCCACAUGGCUUAGACGCCCAAACAAGUUUUCUCGAGCCUCCAAAUUUCAACCAAAAUGCUUCGAAUAAUUAUCAUGAUAAUUUCUCGGAUAGAAGCUUAGAGGAGGAAGAACAACAAUUUGACUGGAAAAGCUUUCACAGGUUGUCUCGGAGCUAUGGUGUGGACAACUUGGAGGGAGGAGAAUUCAAUCUUCCUUUCGAUGACAUUUACAACAGUGGACGGCCGGAAAGCCCCUCUGUGAAUUUUGAUCCCACAAGCUUUGUGUGAUCAAAGUUGCAUCUGUGUUUUUUUGGAUAUUCAUAAUGUGUAUGGGUUUCCCGGGUCCAGACCAUGAUAUUUCUCAUAAGAAGGAAGCUUAUAUAUUCUUUGUUGUAUAUAAUUCAUCAUCAUGGGGUUGGAUUGUGAGCAGGCCUCAAUUUGAUUUGGAACCCUAGAAUCACCUAGCCUUCUGAAAGUGUAAAGACAGAACCAAGAAACAAGCCAUUUGAUUUUUAUCAUGAAUUUCAGUUUCAUCCAAAUGAAGAUGUUUUAUUCUAUA